AAAUCGAGGGACUUAUUUAAGUGACAUCUUCAUUAGAUGAUACAGUGUUUUAGAGGCGUAUUUUUCCGUUUUUAUCAAUUUUUUUAAUCAGUCUAUUGACGACGGUAAUGAUGGUUUUAACUAAAAGUUUAUUAUUUUUUCUGUUCAUCAUCCAUUACUGUUAUGGUAGCAAAGACUGUACCAUCUCAGAUAUAUUAUUACGGAGGUUCGAAAAAGGACACUAUACGUUUUAUUCAGGACAGCGGCUUCAAAAAGCCAAUUCUUCGAUAUCAUCACCAACGAACUACUACGUAGUGACUGUACUAGCUUAUUACAGUAAUUGUUUGGGAUUCACAACUGAGGCAUUGGACACGGUAAUACUUGACUGCCCACAAGAAUACGCCGAAAAGAUUGGUUGCUUCAAAAUUUUAACAGCUAAAUUCAAUCCCCAAAAUAACACUGCGUUCUUUGCUGAAAAGGAGAAUCGCACAUGUGCGAGCAAACUAAAUGAAUUCUGUAUAGGACUUAAAAUUCAAGACAAUAUAACAAUAACUCUGGAUUGUGAUUACUAUACGGAAGGGGCGUAUUAUAUGCCAUACGGAGUUGCACAAGUAGGAUCAGCUAAUACAGGACAAUUUACAGGACCUCUUAAUUCGGGACCACCAGGAGCAAGAGGUUACCCGAAGAAAUAAAUAAAUAAAUUUUAAUUAGAACAAUUUAA